GGUAGGUGAGGCGGGAGUGACCUUGGCAGUGAGUGGGCUGCCACCGAUAUCGGACGCUGGCCAGCCAGUCAUCAGCAGCUCACCCUCUACUACUCACAGAACAAACCAACAGAUAACAGAAGUAUCUAACAAUGACCAACAGAGAGGCUCAACAGACAACAGGAGGUCAGAUGGAGCCAGAGGCAGUGGUACAAGACGUUUUCUCACUUUUCGAACAAUUCGGGGAGGGGAGUUAUAUUGGCGAGGCGGUGACCCAGGUCCAACACGCCCUCCAGGCCGCCCACCUUGCCCAGCAUGAAGGCUUCCCCGUCGAGACGGUUCUCGGGGCGUUGCUGCACGACAUCGGACACAUGCUGGGUCUCCGUGAAGACCGACCACACAUGGUCACCGAAGGCGUCGUGCUCGGUAUCGCCAACCAUGAGGUCCUAGGAGAGGAGUACCUGGAGCGUCUUGGCUUCCCUCCAGCCGUCACAGGCUUCGUGAGGAACCACGUGAAGGCCAAGAGGUUCUUGGUCGCAACCAGCCCUGACUACUACGAUGCGCUCUCUGACCCCAGCAAGAUGACCCUGAAGCACCAAGGAGGACCCAUGACCCCCCAGGAGGUGGAUGCAUUUCGGGCUCACCCUCAGUUCCAAGCGAUACUGCGCAUGCGCUCCUGGGAUGAGAAGGCCAAGGAUCCCUCAGCCCAGACGCCUUCCCUCCAUUACUACAAGAACUUGUGCCUUGCCUAUCUGAAGAAGUGCAGCCAGGGCAGGAUGUGGCUGCAACCAGAGGAAGCCAAGGAUCCCUCCGCAUCAUUUGAAACCUUAUAAACACCUACCCGAAGGAGUGCUUAUAAGGCAAGCAAUAUGGGCAGCCACAGGAAGCUAAGGAUUUUGAGAGAAGCAGUUGUACUUUAACUACAAGGAACUACCUGAAGGACCACAGCAAAUGUUGGACCGACCAGUGGACAGCACAGGUCAUCGUCGUUGUGUUCUGUUUUAUCUUAAGAAAUAUUUUGUUUUUGAGUUACGAUUACAUGAAGAAAAAUUUAA